AUGAUGUACAAGAAGAAGAAGACGACUGGGGUGAAUUUGCUUUUUUCACUUGAUGCGCAGUUAGAAGAAAGUAAUGAUGAUGUCGGAGAAGACUUGGUUGAAUUCGCUGGGUCUGCAGAGGAAGAAGGCUUGGUUGAAUUCGCUGGGUCACCAGAGGAAGAUUUAAAAGUAAGCAAUGAGGCACCAGUGACAACGAUUUCAGAGGUCGGAGAGGAUAUUACCACCGCACAACAUCAUAAUCAAGAGGAGGCAUCAAUGUUACUCAAUUCGGUCAUCCUGCGUUGUCAAUUUGACGAAUCUUUCGGUGUAACGAUCAAGACCAAGUUAUGUUGGAACCUUGAAGAUAUACAUGUAAACGAUAAACAUGCUGAGUACGAACCAUAUACACCCAACUACAAAGAAACUCCCUACAAGAAACCAGUUGUGGAGGUUAUUGCCGACAUAAAUCUUCCCAAAGUUUACCCAUCACCGCCACCACCUGCUUACGUGGCUCCUGUUGUUUAUCCAUCUCCAUCACCACCUCCUCCAGCUUACGUCGCUCCCGUAGUUUACCCAUCUCCAUCACCACCACCACCAGCCUACGUCGCACCCGUAGUUUAUCCAUCGCCAUCACCACCACCACCAGCUUACGUCGCUCCCGUAGUGUACCCAUCUCCAUCACCACCACCACCGGCUUACGACACUCCCGUAGUGUACCCAUCUCCAUCACCACCACCUCCAGCUUAUGUAGCUCCUGUAGUGUACCCAUCACUGUCACCACCACCUCCUGCUUACAUUGCUCCUAAAACUACGGCUCAAGCAAAGUUUAUUGAAGAAAACGGAAGAGAGUUUAAGCAUUUUGAAUUCUAUGAACUUUAUAAGGUUCGUGUCGCUGGAUUUGAUGUAGUUUGA